AUGUCGACCGGCCGGAUGGAACCAUCGGGGAAAAAAGAGUAUGGAGCGCAAUGCCAUCGGAAGAACCCUGGUGAAAAAGUUCCAGGGUUUUUGGGUCAAAAACGGGGGCCCGGCCCCGGCCCCACGGUUCCCCCCGCCCCGGGCCCGGCCCCCGGGGAAGGGAAAAGGCGGACCCCCGCCCUCGCGCCGCGACCUCGGGCCCCAAGCGGCUCCCGCUCUUGGAUUAACUAUCCUUUCGAGAAGGGUCCUCUAAGGGUUCCUCGCUUUCAUGGAGAACAUGCUUUACGACGUUAUUCAACUGGAGAGGAACGUUGCAUUGCUUGUAAACUAUGUGAAGCUAUCUGCCCUGCUCAAGCAAUCACCAUUGAAGCCGAGGCGCGUGAAGAUGGGAGCAGAAGGACAACUAGGUAUGACAUUGACAUGACCAAGUGCAUAUACUGUGGUUUCGAUGCCAUUGUUGAAGGACCCAACUUUGAAUUCGCUACUGAGACUCACGAGGAACUUCUCUACGACAUGGAGAAGCUGCUAGAAAAUGGUGACCGGUGGGAAACUGAGAUUGCGGAGCCUAUACCGUUGAGGAGUGGAUUGGCCUCACCACCUGCAAAACAAUGUGGAGUUUGA